CGAGGUGAGGAAGUGACACCCCAGCUAAUGAUGGCUGUUGGCACGGCUGUGAUUGGCUCUUUGCAGUUUGGCUACAACACGGGAGUCAUCAAUGCUCCUCAGAAUAUCAUUGAGGGCUUCUACAAUGAGACGUGGAGCAGCAGGUUUUCAGAGCCCAUCCCUCAGAGCACUUUGACAGCUCUGUGGUCCUUCUCUGUGGCCAUCUUCUCUGUGGGAGGAAUGUUCGGCUCCUUCUCUGUCGGCCUUUUUGUCAACCGCUUCGGCAGGAAGAACUCCAUGCUGAUGGCCAACGUGCUAGCAUUCAUUGCUGCUGUAUUUAUGGGCUUCUCCAAGCUGGCUGCUUCCUUCGAGAUGCUCAUCAUUGGACGUUUCAUUGUGGGGCUCUACUCUGGCCUCUCCACCGGCUUUGUUCCCAUGUAUGUUGAGGAAAUCUCACCCACAUCUCUUCGUGGAGCUCUAGGAACUCUGCAUCAGCUUGGUGUGGUGGUUGGAAUUCUCAUGGCCCAGAUUUUCGGGAUUGAAUCCAUCAUGGGAAAUGCCUCCCUAUGGCCCCUCCUGUUGAGUUUUACUUUACUACCGGCCUUGCUGCAGUGUGCCCUGCUGCCCUUCUGUCCCGAGAGCCCCCGAUAUCUCCUUAUCGACUGCAACGAAGAGAGCAAAGCCUGCAGUGUGCUAAUGAAACUGCGGGCCACUGAUGAUGUGAAUGCAGACAUACAGGAGAUGAGGCAGGAGAGCCAGAAGAUGAUGAGGGAGAAGAAGGUGACCAUCCCUGAGCUGUUCCGCUCCUCCGUCUACCGCCAGCCCAUCUUUGUUGCCAUCGUGCUGCAGUUAUCACAGCAGCUGUCUGGCAUCAACGCUGUGUUCUACUACUCGACUGGGAUCUUUGAGCGAGCAGGUGUGUCCCAGCCUGUCUAUGCAACCAUUGGUGCCGGAGUGGUCAACACUGCCUUCACUCUUGUCUCUCUGUUUGUGGUGGAGCGGAUGGGCAGAAGACCCCUUCAGCUUAUUGGUUUGAUGGGAAUGGCAGUUUCAGCUGUUUUUCUAACUGUUGCUAUGGCUUUAUUGGACCAGUUCGGGUGGAUGUCCUAUGUCAGUGUUGUGGCCACCUUCUGCUUUGUAGCCUUCUUUGAGAUCGGCCCUGGUCCCAUCCCCUGGUUCAUCGUGGCUGAGCUCUUCAGCCAGGGGCCACGGCCCGCUGCCAUCGCAGUGGCUGGUUUCUGCAACUGGUCUGCCAACUUCUUAGUGGCAAUGUGCUUCCAAUAUGUUGAGCAACUCUGUGGUCCCUACGUCUUCAUCAUCUUCACAGUUCUGCUGCUCGGUUUCUUCAUCUUCACCUACUUCAAGGUGCCGGAAACUAAAGGCCGCACCUUUGACGAGAUCGCAGCAGGUUUCCGCCAUUCUGCUGGUCAGGGUGCCGACAAGUACUCGGCCCCUGAAGAGUUCAACACACUCAGGGGAGAUGACCCUGACCUCUAAUUGCUGCCGUAUGUCAACACACACUCAAGCAGCAAAGCAACAAAUCGUGUGUGUGUGUGUGUGUGUGUGUGUGUGUGUGUUUUUAAGUCUUACAAUUGAUGUUUAGCGUUGAUGUUUUGAUGUUGUGGUGUUGAAUUAGGGGUUUAGUCUUCAUGCAGACUGAUAUUUUCAUGCACUGCCUCAGCAUCAAAAAUGGUUUUAAAAGUG